ACGGAACAACGACGGGGCAAUAGCGUUUUGUUUCUUUUCCCCUUUAAGUUGUGUCCCUUUUUAUUCUUUGGCGUCUUGGUUGUCACUCAGCCGGAGCGGAGCAGACCGGACCGCCUCGCUCGCUCGCUCGUCCGUCGCCGGAGGCUCCUUAAUCGGCGCCGUUCACGCCGCUCUCCCCUCGCGCGGCGCUAUAUUGACAGUCGGGGUCGCGGCGAGCCGAGCGAGUCAAGCUAGCGGCACCAUUGCAUUAGCGUCGAUUAGACCUUGGCAGGAUUUUCCCACACGGAAUCGAAGCAGACGACCAGCGACACGGGCUUCGACUGGAGGGCAGACCAUGCUGCUGCACUGAGCCGGAGGGAGAGAACUAGAGACAUCUCAGAGGACCGCUGAGGUGGUGGCUGGCCUGCUUUUUGUGCCCCUCCCCCUUGUCUGGCUGGCUAACUGCUGCCUUUUCAGUUCACCUGAUCGCUCUCCACCCUGAGAGCUAAGGCUUGCUAUGGACGUUGCUUCGCCCCCUGCUGCAGCCUUGCCCAGUGCCCUACCUUAGUGGGUUCCCCUCGUCUUACUGUGUGUGGUUCCCAUCCAGACUCCCUGUACAGAGUCCAGCACAGAUCUGGUACCACCUACAGCCACUCCUGGGUCCUCCACCCAACCCCCUCCCCCUUCACCCACCCUCUCCCCCUCCCCUACGAAGAUGUCAGUGAGCCUGACAACAGACAUCCAGCAGGAGGGAGAGAGUGGGCUACUCAUUGAGCCCUGCAGUCGAGGCAAGACCUCCCCUCAACCACAGGGCACCAAGGAGGGGGCAGGGGAGGGCCUGGAGCCUGAGGAUAGCGCCUCACAGGAUGCACAGAAACGAGGUCCUAACCACAGCCAUGGCAGGAAAAGGUCCAAGUCUAAUGCCAAACUGAAGCUGGUACGGAGUCUGGCAGUGUGUGAGGAGUCCUCUGGUCCAUUCUCCAAUGAUGGACCUCCAGAAUCGGAUAUCAUCCAGCUUCACAUCAGCUGUCCGUCAGACAAGGAAGAGGAGAAGUCCUCAAAGGACGAGUAUGAAAAUGAUGAGAAGGAGAAGAAGGAUAAGACUCCGCGAAAGAUGCUCUCGCGUGACUCCAGUCAGGAAUACACUGAUUCCACGGGCAUUGAUGUUCACGAGUUUCUGGUCAACACACUGAAAAACAAUCCCAGCAGGGAUCGAAUGAUGCUGCUCAAACUAGAACAAGAUAUCCUGGAGUUCAUUAAUGAUGACAACAACCAGUAUAAGAGGUUUCCCCAGAUGACUUCUUAUCACCGUAUGCUGCUGCACCGCGUGGCUGCCUACUUCGGCAUGGACCACAAUGUGGAUCAGACGGGCAAGGCCGUCAUCAUCAACAAGACGGGCAACACACGCAUCCCUGAGCAAAGGUUCUCUGAACACAUCAAGGAUGAACGUAAUAUGGACUUUCAGAAGAAAUUCAUCCUUAAGAGAGAUGAUGCCAGCAUGGACAAGGAUGAUAAUCAGAUCCGUGUGCCACUGCAGGACGGACGGCGUAGCAAGUCCAUUGAAGAGCGAGAGGAGGAGUAUCAGCGAGUACGAGACCGGAUCUUUGCCCGAGAAGUGUCCUAUUUUUUACAGUCCUCUCAAAACGGAUACAUCAACGACAGCAGACUUUCCACUGAGGGCUACUGCUCUAGCUCUCAAAAGAGGAGGCAGAUCUUUAGAGGGAAUCGCGAGAGCUCCAGCCGGGCAUCUAGCAGUCGUCAAAGCAGCACAGACAGUGACAUGAAGUGCCUGGAGCCACGGCCCUGGAGCAGCACCGACUCGGACAGCUCCAACCGCACCCUCCGGCCACCCGUCACUAAGUCCAGCAGCUUCUCUGGCAUAUCCAUCCUUACCAGAGGGGACAGCCUUGGCAGCAACAAAGGUUCACAGGGAAGCUGCAAAGGCUCUCGUUCCGCCUCCCAGUCCAGCCGUAGCCUGCUUCCCUGCCCAUCACAGCCACCACAGCAGCCCCAGCCACCGCCUCAGACUGCCCUGCUGCCCACCCCACAGCAACACCCCAUGGGUAACCAUAUGAUUGCUCAGCCGGUGGCGUCUCUGCAGCCCUCUCAGCCUGUCUCCUACUCCAGCCCCUCCUGCCCCCAGGUUCUCCUGCCAGUUUCUCCUCCCCAGCAGUACACAAUGGGAGAAGAGCUGGCUCCCCAGUUCAGCCAGAUGACACUGAGUCGGCAGGGGUCCAGUGAGAACCCUGAGCCUCCCCCUAUGUAUCAGGCUCCACCCACGGUGCUGUCCCAGCACCCACCUCCUCAGACCGCUUAUAUCAUGGCUACCACGGGUCAGCCUAUGCCGCCUCCGUCUGGGUACCAGCCUGCAACUGGACACCCUCACCCCCCACCUCCACCACCACCUCCAUCGCAGCCGGUGAUGCAGGCUCCACCGCCCCCGCAAGGCUACAUGCAGCCCCCUCCACCGCAACAGGUACACCUCUCGCAGGCAUCAGGCAUACAGGUGUCAUACUACCCCCCUGGUCAAUACCCCAGCUCAGGCCAGCAGUACCGUGUGCCCCAGCCCAUGUCUCACCAGGUGUCUUAUCCUGCCCAGCGCACACAACCUAUGCCUCAGCCCACACAGCAGUCAGGUCUCCAGACGAUGAUGCCCAGCCAGCAGCCGAGCUACCAGAGCAUGAUGGGUGUGCAGCAGCCCCAAAACCCUGGUCUGCUCAAUUCCCAGAGGGCAGGCAUGGGAGGACAGAUGCAAAGCAUAAUGGUCCAGUACCCACAGAUGCCAUCAUAUCAGGUGCCCGUGGGAAACGAGAAUCAGCAGGUGGUGCAGCAGCAGUACCAGCAGCAGGUGAUGGUACCAGUCAGCCAGUCUGUCCAGGGGCCCAUGCCUGUCUACUACAGUGUUAUCACACCCACACAGCAGAAUAGCACAAGCCCGUCAGUCAGUUAUCUGCAGCCCCCCAGCAAUGAGCAGUAUCAAAUCACACAGUCACCAUCCCCCUGCAACCCUCAGCAGUUGCAGCAGCAAUAUUCAGGAGUUCCCCCUCCUGGGCCUGGGGUGAUGGUCAUGCAGCUCAGCGUCCCCAAUGGGCCACAGCCUUCCCAGAAUCCUCCUCUGGUCCAGUGGAACCCAUGCAAAUACUAUAGCAUAGAGCAGAGACCCGGCAAGCCAGGAGAGCUCUACAAACCUGACAACACUCCACAGGCCAGUACCCAGCUGACAAGUCCCCUGGCCUCCCCCACUCAGUCUCCCACCCCAUCUCCCUCUGGCAGUGUCAGCAGCGUCUGUCCAGGCCUCGGACCAUUACCCCUCAUUUCCCAGUUUCCCCGGCCUGGAGGACCAGCCCAAGGUGAUGGGCGCUACUCUCUGCUGGGGCAGCCUCUCCAAUACAGCCUCUGUCCGCCAGCCCUCCUACAUGGCCAGUCCUCCUACAGCUCCCAUCAGGGCCAAGGAGUAAUGAAACACGGGGCGCGAGGAAAGAAACAAACACUCAAGUCUGCAUCAACAGACCUCGGCACCACUGAUGUUGUGGUGAGCCGAGUACUGGAGGUAACGGACCUGCCAGAGGGGAUCUCACGUCCAGAGGCCGAGAAGCUCUUCAACCAGCUGUCGAUGUGCGGUGCCAAGAUCCAGUGGCUGAAGGAGCCACCUGGGGGCCGGGGGGGAGCGGUGGGCUGCGGCCCCUGUCCCGGCGCCGGUCUGUCGGGGCCUGGUGCCUGUGUGGGAGCCGGAGGAGUGAAGGGUGACGGCGGCGACCCAGCUCACCUCUACACGGUGGUGGCGGUGUUCCCCAGCACCAUGGCCGCCCAGAGUGCUUCCUUCAAACUCAACAACAGCGGAGCCAGCCUCUUUAAACUGAGGGCAGCCAAAAAGAACUAUGACCUGCGUGUGCUCGAGAGAGCCAGUUCUCAGUGAGAGGAGACGAGAGGGGGAGGAAAGGAAGGAAGGAAGUGAAAGAGACCGAAAGGAAGGAAGGAAGAAAGAGAGACUUUUGGUGGAUUGGUGGAACAGGAAGGAGGACUGAGGGGGGACUGCUCUUAGUGUACAAUUAAAAAUCGGAAAGAAAAAAAAACUUGACUUCAUUGUAUAAAAGGGAAGAAGGUGUGAAUUAUGAGGUGGCUGGUGAUUGGUUGCAAAUAUGAUUUUGUUGUUUGUUUUUACUCAUUGUUAUUGUUUUGUAUUUAUAUAGCAGAAGAGCACACAAGACACGUGAGCAUGUGUUUCACUGUUGCCGUCGAGUGUGUGCCGCCGUUACAUGAAAAACAUGCGAUGCCACACGCGUGCUCACAUCCCAGGAGACACGGACACACAAACACAGGCAACAGGGUCACGUAGCACAUAACAAGAACACACUGGACAGUCGACCUCAGUCAAACCUCUUCCUCCUCCUCCUCCUCCUCCUCUUUCUGCCCCCACCCUAUCUCCUUCCUCAGCUCCCCGUCAACCAGCCGUCUCUUGAUCUCACAUAUUUAUACAUUUUCAUACGCACAGUUGCUCUCUCUCCGCUCCCCCCUCCCUCGUAACUCCUCCCUCUUCUCUUGCCAUGUCUCAUGCAGCCUCCGACCUUCCUCUGCUCCUCUCAUGUCCUCUCUGCUCUCUCUCUCUCUCUUCUCUCUUCUCUCUCUCUCUCUCUCUCUCUCUCUCUCUCUCUCUCUCUCUCCUCUCUUGCUUUCUGUUUGCCUUACUGCUGGUGUGGGUUUCUGUAUUGCGCUGUUUUUUUUGUUUUGUUUUUCUGAGAAGUUUUUUUUUUUCCUUUUUUGUUUUUUGGGGUUCAAUAUAUUUAUAUAAGUGAUGUAAGGAAUAAAAGAAAUCUAUAUAUUCAGUGAUUUUUCUUUCUUUCCCCUGAGUGACAAAGUUUAGGCCUUCCUUUAUCCUUUACUCCUCCCCCUCUUCAUCCCCUUCUCCUCUUCUUCUACCCUCUACCUCACUUCCUCUGCCCCCCCCCCCCCUCACCCUGACGCCCCCCCACUGUGUUUGAGUUUUUUGUUGACAGCUGUGCAGAAAGUAUCAGAAGAAGUAGUAAAAGUGCACAAUGAUUGCAUAUGUCUACUGUAAAUUUUAUUUAAUCUGUUAUUUUUUUGUUUGUUUUUAAAAAUAUAAAAGUCGAGAAAAAAAUCUAUCGGAAA